AUGGGAGGCAACAGCAACAGCACCCUGGAUGACCUGCAGACGGUGGAGAUCCACCACUGGUACAAGAAAUUCAUGACGGAGUGUCCUUCUGGGCAGCUGACGGAACACGAAUUCAAGCAGUUCUUUGGGCUCCGGGGUCUAGAUCGAGAGGCGAAUAAGUAUAUAGAGCAGAUGUUUCGCACCUUCGACAUGAACAAGGAUGGCUACAUUGACUUCAUGGAGUACGUGGCUGCCCUCAGCCUCGUCUUGCGGGGAAAGAUGGAGCAGAAGCUACGCUGGUAUUUCAAGCUCUACGACGUGGACGGCAAUGGCUGCAUCGACCGACAAGAACUGCUCAAUAUCAUUAAGGCAAUCCGUGCCAUCAACGGCUGCAACCACGAGACGACUGCCCAAGAAUUCACCAACCGUGUCUUUGACAAGAUUGACCUCAAUGGCGAUGGUGAACUUUCACUGGAGGAGUUUGUGGAAGGGGCAAAGGAAGACAAGGAAUUCAUGGACGUGAUGAUGAAGAGUCUGGAUCUAACCCACAUCGUAACCAUGAUCAACACCCGGCGGCGCAGCAGUGUCUAA